UUUGAAAAGUCCAUCAGUCAGUUUUCGAAUUUUCAGACGUUUACAAUUGCGCUUAGCAACCAACUGAGAUACCCAAAUCCUUAAAGAACCCAAGACAGAAGUUCUAUUCAAAAUGAAAUAUAUCGUCGCAGUUUUACUCGCUUUGUUCGCUUUGGCCGCUGCCGAGGAGUACAAGCUACGCAAUCAGGAUGACUUGUUGAAGGCGCGCAAAGAAUGCAUGGAAGCGAAGAAGGUCCCAGCCGAACACAUUGAGAAAUACAAGAAAUUCGAGUUCCCCGAUGAUGAGGUGACGCGCUGCUACAUUGAGUGCAUCUUCAAUAAAUUCCAGUUGUUCAGCCCGACCGAAGGUUUCAAAACACAAAAUCUGAUUGCUCAGCUUGGUCACAAUAAGGAGAACAAGGAUGCUGUGAAGGCUGAUAUUGAGAAGUGCGCUGAUAAGAAUGAACAGAAAUCGGACUCGUGCACAUGGGCCUAUCGCGGUUUCAAGUGUUUCAUCAGUAAGAAUUUACCGUUGGUGCAGGAAAGUCUCAAGAAGAACUAAAUGCAUUCACAUACAUACACACACACAUGUAGAUCAUGGAGACAAGUGAGCAUGGUGCCGGUGGAUGGGGUGGAUAUAGACCAAAAAGAACAUCAGACGUAACAACGAAAACAACAACAACAACAACAACAACAGUGUAUGUAUUUAUUGCUAGAGCAAAUCAAGAAAACAUGAAAAACAGUCCAACAACAGUACUGAGUGACCUACAACAAAAAACAUCAAUAGCAAUACAUCCAACAACAACAAUAACUGCACCGAUAAACACAAUCAACAUGAACAGCCCGCCGGCAAGCAACUCCACACAACAGUCUUCGUGAAAGCAAACAUCAAGACUCAUGUAUGUAUUAAUAAUAACAAAAAAUUACAAAAAAUAAAAAUAAAUAAGUAAAUUUGCAAUAGUACGGUUGAAUCAUCUUGAAACGUCCUGUUAUUUUCGCAUUUAACUAUUCCUUUUUUGCUAACACAGCAAUUAUGUCUCAUUCAUUCGAUGUUAAUAGACUUCCUCGAAUAAAAAUGGACCUAAUAAAAAUGUGCAAAAAAGAAAGAAAAAA